UCCCACACCCCAUCCACCACCCACCACUACAAUUUCCUACCCCCACCUCUCUCUAUCUCUGUCUCUCUCUCUCUCUUUCUGUGACAAAAAGCUCUCUUUUCUUUCUCCAAAACUGUCCAUAGAUGAUCAUCAAUGAUCAAGAAACCACUGUGAGAGAAAUCAAACCCAACAUCAGAAGAAUCAUGGGAGGUGGUGGUCCUGAUGAUGUUGAUGAUCAUAAAGAAGAUAUCAAGUGGCCACCAUGGCUGCAUCCACUUCUUGAAACAAGCUUCUUUGUUCAAUGCAAGCUUCAUGCUGAUGCUCACAAGAGUGAAUGCAAUAUGUAUUGCUUGGAUUGCAUGAACGGUGCCCUUUGUUCUGUUUGUCUUUCACUCCACAGUGACCAUAGAGCUAUUCAGAUAAGGAGGUCAUCAUACCAUGAUGUGAUUAGGGUAUCUGAAAUUCAGAAAUACUUGGACAUAACAGGAGUCCAGACAUACAUUAUCAACAGUGCUAGAAUUGUGUUCUUGAAUGAGAGGCCUCAGCCUAGGCCUGGUAAAGGUGUUACCAACACUUGCCAUGUCUGUGAGCGUAGCCUCCUGGAUUCCUUCAGUUUUUGCUCUCUUGGUUGCAAGAUUGUUGGAACAUCAAAGAAUUUUAGGAAGAAAAAAAGGUACAAGGAGAUGGAUGGCUCAGACACUGAAGAAUCAAUGAAAGGCAUUGGCAACGGAGGUGCUAGAAGCAAAGUACAAAGCUUUACACCAUCAACCCCACCUCCAAGUGCUAUGAAUAAUUAUAGGACUGCCAAGAGGAGGAAGGGAGUUCCACACAGAUCUCCAAUGGGAGGAUAUAUCAUAGAAUACUAGCUAGUGAUGAAGAAGACUACAGCAAAUAUAUCAAUAUAGUGGUGACCGACUUCCAUCAAAAUAGAAUAUUACUACAGCAGACUACCUGAAGUUAUUACCAUCUUAUAUAUUAUGAUCAAAAGCAUCACUGUCUCUUUAUGCUACUAAGCUGCUGACAUCUGAGCCUUUGUACCUUGAGGCCGGUGUUGGGCACAGAUCAAAUGUUCUAUAUAUUUAUUUAGAACAAAAGAAAUAAGUGAGAUAGGGAGAUACAGCUGAAAUGAGCAAAAGAAGCUGGCUAUGGUAAGAUAUAUGGCAGCAUGAGUAGGGCUUUUAUUUUUUUUUUCCCAGCUUUAUUACACUAAUUUGUCAACUUCACCAUGUAAAUAUUGGUUUGUUGAGAGAGAGUAAUGUACUGUAAAAAAAAAAAUGAAUAAAUGGGAAGUGCAUAUUGUGUUGUUAAUUA